AUGAAGAUCCGAACUAUUAAGCUCCGGGAAGCCCACAAAAGCAGCGACGGCGAGGGGAGCUCAUUCUGCUCCAUUUUGUGGGCAUCCACUGGGAACCACAUCGUCACGGCUUCGUCUGCCGACAAUUCUAUAUGCAUUCACGACGCACUUUUGCCAGGCAAUGUGCCUAAGUCUCUGCGCAACCACCGGGAAGGUGUUACGGCUUUGGCCCUCGCCCCUAAUUCCACAUGUCUCGCGUCUGCCUCCAUUGACCACUCCGUUAAGCUUUAUAAAUUCCCUGGUGGAGAUUUCGAGACAAACAUCACCAGAUUCACAUUGCCGAUUCGUGCAGUAGCUUUCAACAAGUCUGGAACCAUUUUGGCUGCCGCGGGUGAUGAUGAUGGCAUCAAGCUUGUCAAUACAAUUGAUGGAACUAUUGCCCGAGUUCUUAAAGGACAUAAAGGUUCUGUAACUAGCCUGGCUUUUGAUCCUAAGAAUGAAUACUUAGCUUCACUUGAUUUGGUUGGGACUGUUAUUAUAUGGGAGCUCCAAUCUGGAAAUUCACUUCAUGUCCUCAAGCACAUAGCGCCUAACCAUGGUUCGGAUGAUUCAGCAAUGAACAUACUUGCAUGGAGUCCAGAUGGAGAAAUGUUAGCUGUGCCGGGUCUGAAAAAUGACGUGGUAAUGUAUGAUAGAGACACUGCAGAAAGACUGUUAUCUCUCAGAGGGGAUCAUUCAGAAUCAGUUUGCUUCUUAUCUUGGUCACCAAAUGGGAAAUAUAUGGCUACCUCUGGCAUAGACAGGCAGAUUCUUAUUUGGGAUAUCAGCAAGAAGCAGGAUAUUGAAAGGCAGAAAUUUAGUGAACGCAUAUCUUGUAUGGCAUGGAAGCCCCACGGAAAUGCACUGGCAGUUAUUGAUGUUACAGGGAGGUAUGGUUUGUGGGAAUCAGCUGUACCAUUGACUAUGCAUUCUCCAACUGAAGGCAUUCCUGUUAUGAAGAACAGCAAUGGCUUCCACUUGUAUGACGAGGAAGAACCUAGUGAAUCUGGUGAUUUGAGUAAUCCUAAUGAAGAUAGCCUUGGUGAAUUUGAUCCACCUAGCAGGAAAAGAUUACGUAAGCACUCUAAUUAUGAUGAUAACUGGGAAGAAGAUUGUAUUAAUGAGUUGGAAUCUAUUCCAAAAGCUGAGUCUCGUAAAAAGGCUUCUUAUGGUCACAAAGAUAACUCUUACGGGAAGAGUGAAUCCAAAAGUAUGAUGAUACCAAUUGGACCGAAAAUGCAAGAAGCUUUUCAACCCGGAGCUACACCUGCUCAACCUGGAAAGAGGCACUUUCUGUGCUACAAUAUACUCGGAAGUAUAACAACAAUGGAGCUUGAUGGUUAUUCACAUAUAGAGAUAGAUUUCCACGAUACCAGCAGUGGUCCACGUGUUCCUGCAAUGACUGACUAUUUUGGUUUCACUAUGGCUUCUCUAAAUGAGAAUGGUAGUGUAUUUGCCAAUCCAUGCAAAGGCGAGAAGAACAUGAGCACACUUAUGUAUCGUCCUUUUAGUAGCUGGGCAAAUAACAGUGAGUGGUCUAUGCGAUUUGAAGGGGAAGAAGUUAGAGCCGUAGCACUUGGAAGUGCUUGGGUUGCUGCUAUUACCAGCCUCAAUUUUCUCCAUAUCUUUACUGUAGGUGGUUUGCAGACACAUGUUCUAUCACUUGAUGGUCCAGUGGUAUCUGCAGCUGGCCACAAGGAUGAACUGGCUGUUGUCACUCACAUUUCCCCAACUCUGCCCACUGAUGAACAGAUGCUUGAAUUUAGAGUGUUCAACAUUCCUCAUGGAACACAACCACUAAGAGGAAGGCUCCCAUUGACUCCUGGGUCAUGUUUGACUUGGUUUGGUUUCAGUGAAGAAGGUCAACUAAGUUCAUUUGAUUCAAAGGGUGUUUUAAGGGUUUUUACGAGUCAAUAUGGAGGUAGUUGGGCCCCACUCUUCAGUGCCAGUAAGCUGAAGAAGACUGAAGAAAUUUAUUGGGUUGUUGGGUUGAGUUCUAGCAAGUUGUUUUGUGUUGUUUGCAAGUCUCCUGAAUCCUUCCCGCAGUCAACCCCCAAGCCUGUCUUGACUCUGCUAGACCUGUCAUUCCCCCUUGCUUCUUCUGACCUUGGUGCUGAUAGCCUGGAGAAUGAAUUUAUGAUGAACAACAUGCAUCUUUUCCAGAUUCAGAGACGUAUAGAAGAAAGAGCAGCUUCUGGUCAAGAUACCACAGCACUGGACGAUGAGUGUUUCAAUCUCGAAACAUCACUAGAUAGAUGCAUCUUGCGGCUAAUUGCAUCUUGCUGUAACAGUGACAAACUGGUGAGAGCCACUGAGCUGGUUAAACUUCUUUCGCUCGAGAAAUCGGUUAGAGGAGCCAUAAAACUCGUAACUGCUCUAAAGCUACCCAGUUUGGCUGAGCGAUUCAAUAACAUACUGGAGGAAAAAUUGGUGAAGGAAACUGCUGGGAAUUUGGUGCAACCUCAGAGCAAGCCCCAGCACGACAUUGCAUCUGUUGAGAUGUUUACUGCACCAGAAAUCAACAAAACAUCAACCCACUUAUUGCCAUCCACCUUGUCUAUUACUAAAAAGCAAAAUGCUGAAGACCCAACCAAAGCCAAAACCGAAAAACGUGAACAAAUUCACACGACAACUGGAAAAACGAUAACAAAGAUGCCGGAUGCUGCUGAUGAAGUCAGCAACUUGGGAGAACCUAAGAAAGUUGAACAACAAAAUCUUGGUCGCCCGUCUAACCCGUUUGCAAAGUCAUCGAGCACCCGGGAAAGCUCUUCACUGUUUGAUUCCCUUAAGAAGAAGACUUGA